CCCCGUCAGGCCGCCGUCCUGCAGGUCCGCCAUAUUGUCUGCCGAGGCUGCCGCUGAAGCUACCGCUGCGGCCGCCGCCAAGUCCGAGCGAGCGGAGCCGCGAUGGAGACCAUGGCAAGCCCCGGGAAGGACAAUUAUCGAAUGAAGAGCUAUAAGAACAAUGCCUUAAACCCUGAGGAAAUGAGACGAAGGAGGGAGGAAGAGGGCAUUCAGCUUCGGAAACAGAAGCGGGAACAACAACUUUUUAAACGGAGAAAUGUAGAGCUGAUUAAUGAAGAAGCUGCCAUGUUUGAUAGUCUGCUGAUGGAUUCCUAUGUGAGCUCUACAACUGGGGAGAGUGUGAUCACGAGAGAGAUGGUGGAGAUGCUCUUCUCGGACGACUCUGACUUGCAGUUAGCAACCACACAGAAAUUCCGGAAACUCCUGUCCAAAGAGCCGAGUCCUCCAAUAGAUGAAGUUAUUAACACUCCAGGAGUAGUUGAUCGGUUUGUGGAGUUUCUGAAGAGGAAUGAGAAUUGUACAUUGCAGUUUGAAGCUGCCUGGGCUCUAACAAACAUUGCCUCUGGAACCUCUCAGCAGACCAAAAUUGUCAUUGAAGCAGGAGCUGUCCCCAUUUUUAUCGAGUUGCUUAACUCAGACUUUGAAGAUGUACAAGAACAGGCAGUAUGGGCUCUUGGAAACAUAGCUGGAGAUAGUUCGGUUUGCAGAGAUUAUGUCUUGAAUUGUUCCAUCCUUAACCCUUUGUUAACACUCCUUACUAAGUCCACACGACUGACAAUGACACGGAAUGCAGUCUGGGCCCUGUCAAACCUCUGCCGAGGCAAGAAUCCUCCUCCAGAGUUUGCAAAGGUCUCUCCUUGUUUGCCUGUAUUGUCCCGAUUGCUCUUCAGCAGUGACUCAGACUUGCUGGCAGAUGCUUGCUGGGCCCUCUCCUACCUGUCUGAUGGCCCCAAUGAGAAGAUCCAGGCAGUCAUAGACUCUGGAGUCUGCCGGAGAUUGGUAGAGCUUCUGAUGCACAACGAUUACAAAGUGGCAUCUCCUGCCUUGAGAGCUGUGGGUAAUAUUGUCACUGGGGAUGACAUCCAGACCCAGGUCAUUCUUAAUUGUUCAGCCCUCCCUUGCCUCCUCCACCUGCUGAGCAGCUCUAAGGAAUCAAUCCGGAAGGAAGCUUGCUGGACCAUUUCAAACAUCACUGCUGGCAACAGGGCUCAAAUACAGGCUGUCAUAGAUGCAAAUAUCUUCCCUGUAUUGAUUGAAAUCCUUCAGAAAGCAGAGUUCCGUACAAGGAAAGAAGCAGCAUGGGCCAUCACCAAUGCCACAUCAGGAGGAACCCCUGAGCAAAUCAGGUACCUGGUAUCACUGGGCUGCAUUAAGCCCCUGUGUGACUUGCUGACUGUAAUGGAUUCAAAAAUUGUGCAAGUGGCCCUCAAUGGACUAGAGAACAUUCUUCGGCUUGGAGAGCAAGAAAGCAAGCGUAGUGGCUCAGGGGUCAAUCCCUACUGUGGCCUCAUCGAGGAAGCCUAUGGCUUGGAUAAAAUUGAGUUUCUUCAGAGCCACGAGAACCAGGAAAUCUACCAGAAGGCCUUUGAUCUCAUUGAGCACUACUUUGGUGUAGAGGAUGACGACAGCAGCCUGGCUCCUCAGGUGGAUGAGACGCAACAGCAGUUCAUCUUCCAGCAGCCUGAGGCCCCCAUGGAGGGCUUCCAGCUAUAAUGUCUGCCUCCGGGGAGGGGGGGGCACGGGGAGCACCAGCAGCCAGCAGAGAGGAGCAGCCUUCUGGUGGGCAGGAGAGCAGCCACCCCACCAGCAGCCCCGCACACCUGCUGCCCCGAGACUGUGCUCUCGACCUGUUCAUCCCCUUCCCUGGAGGGAGCGAGCGCCCUCUGGACAGACAGAACCAUCUGAGGCUCACAUUGGGUUUUGAGACAAGAAGGGGACGUGUGGGUUUCUCUUCCUUACACUAUUUUGGCUGCACACAUGUCUUUAACCCAGGAGCCCAGGGGUAGACAAAGGAGGACUGAGGUAAUCAAUUUGCACCUUUAAAAUUUUUUUCUUUUAUUUUCUUUAGUGGUGACUUCCUUCCCAAUUAUCUUUCUUCAUCCAUCCCAGUCCUCUGCCCUGACGUGUGUAACUCUUGGGUACUUGAGCAGAUGGAAUAUUCCAGAGGUGGGAGGUGGGAGGGGAGGGGAGAAGUCCCAAACAAAGUGUUCUUGCUCUGACCCAAUAUUAAUCUUGUAUGCUUGGAUUAUUUAAUUUUUUCUUUUGCACAUUUUUCUUGUAUUAAGGUUGUUCUUCCCAAAAAGCUGGAUUUAGUAACCCAGCCACCAGCAUCGUCUGGAAAUAGAGGCUAAUGGGGAGGCCCCCAUGAGACAAAGGUCCCUCCCUCCCUCUAACCCUAUGCCUAAGACCUCUUUAGUUUGGGAGGAUUCCCCCCUCACUCUCCUGGAGCAAGUAUACCAGUGGAGUGGAAGGGAGGGGCACAGGGCUUCUCCUGUGUAGCUACUGACCCUCUUUCCUACCCACCUCCUAAAUGGUGCGACCCAACUUCAUUUGUUUACUUGAAAAUUCACCUCAGAGUUGAAUGAACCUCUGAGGUGGCUGUGUUUUCUCCUGAGCUUGAGAUGGGGGGCUGUGGUCCUUCCUUCUCCUGAGGAGAAAGUCCUUGCUCUGAUGACCCCUAAGUUGCAGAGGAGGUUGGAGUUAGUGUCGUGUAUUGGGAUAGUCAUGAAUCCCUGCCUUUGGCCUUUCUUCUUCCUUCUGCCAUAGCUGGAUCAUGUAUAUUUCACUUCCAAUGGAGAGAAUGGCAGAAAGCCCUGUUGUUUUUAACAGUCUGUAUUAGUAGGUCAGUCUUAAUUGGUUUUAGGAGGACAAACUGGAUGCGAGUGGGAUACUGUGAGGAAGACCAGAAAGACAAACAAGUUUCUGCUCACAGGACUGAACUCAGUCCUUAUUUUCUCUGCCUGUAUUCUGGGCCACCACUUGGGACCAACUCCCACUUCUAGAACCUUUAUGAAGUAAAUCAGCUGGGUCUGAUUGUUCCCAGCCUGAAGGGAGCAAGGCCUGAUGUAGUCUGCUGCUCUGUUCCUUGCUCCCAAGCCAAAAGCAUCCUGCUUUCUCUAACUCACUGUUACCCACAAUGAACCCUGUUGGCAUCUCCCUUCUAAAGAUCCUUGUACCUGGCUUGCAUUUCCCUUUCUCCCUCUUUCACCCUCCCACCUCUCUCCCCCCUUCUCCUCUCUUCCCUCCCUCUCUCUCCCCCUCCCUCCCUCCCUCCUCCUUGAAUAAAGACAGUUCAGUACCUCAGAGGCUGACCUGUUUUAAGGGGUUACACAGUACACUAAAACUGAGCUCUGAGAGCUGGGAGCUGGGUACAGUGUCAGCCAGGCCGACCACCUGUGGAGGUGGCAGCACAGUGCCCUGUUGUGGUGAUCCCCCACACCCUUAGCUGCUCUCUAGAACAGCACUGUUCUUACUCCUGUUCCAACAGAUCUCUCUGUGCUCCACAUUUGCAGAUCUAAAGUUGAGGUUCUUGCUGCUGGCCUCUGCCUUUCCAUCUGCCGUCUCUCCUUUAGUUUUUAGUUGCUGCUUCAGAUUCCUCUAAGAAAGGUAGUUCAGGGCAGGCAGUUGAUACUGAAAAGUUCAACCAACAUUGGACCACGAUGGCGAGUGCCUUCCGGGAAGGCAAGGGGCUGGCCCUUUUGUUUUUAACCUGACUGAAACUGCUCCUAGUUCAAAGAAAAGUCCUCUGUGAAGCCAUCAUCGUCCUUAUCUGAAGAGUAGAACCCCUGAACCUCUCAAGUGACAGGAACCUGGCCCUGGAGCCGGAUCCUCAGCAUGAGACACAAAUGUCCUGCUUUCCUCGGCCCGUUUCCAAUAUCUCUGGCUUCAGAGCAGAUCCUGUACCACAUGGAAGAGGUUGGUUAUCUAGGUGUCCCUCACAGUCUGCUCCUGGCCGACUGGCUUCAGUUUCCAGCCCUCCCCAGUGACUAAGGCCCUGGAUGUUGGUUGUAGCCUUUUGGUAUUACUGUAUGAGUUCCAGCUUGCUUGGCACCAUUGUUACCUGGGUCUGUGCACACAAGUGCUUCCGAGGAGCAAGUAUUGGUAGCCUGGUUUGGGAGACCUUUUGGUGUCCCCUUUACCCGGGACCUUGUAUCUACCGCUUCUCCUUCCUGCUGCCCCUGGGAGUCAUCCCCAGAAGCCUAUGUUCUGAAACUAACCGUGGGUUAGAGCUGCAGUGGGAUUAUAGCUGAGGGAGAGGAAAAGACGGUGCUUCCGCAUGGAGUUUCUUUCUCUGAAACCAAGCCGGUACAAAGACACACUUCCCACACGGAGGAAGUGUGUUUCUGUCUGCCUGCAAAGCUAGCAGCUCACAGUUCUACAUGCCCUGGAGGCCUCUGCUCUCUUUAUCUAGACCCCAGCUCUUCUCUUCCAGGCUCACUCAUUUUGGUAUCCAUCCUCUUGGGUAUUUUUCAGGCAUAGAUUCUAACUUCUCAAAGGCAAAAAAAACGGAACUUCUCCAGGACCCUGCAGACCCAGGAAGGAGACAGGAUAGUGACAAGCUUCCCUAGCAGGCUGGGGAAGUGUGCAAGGCUAGGUGCACUGAACCAUAGAUUCUGAGCAGUGGCAGCUUCAAGCCGCACUUCCCUGAGAGGUGGUAAGAGACAGGCUUCCUGGCACAUUCUAUACCAGUUUCGUCCAGUAUUUUUUUUUUCUGUUUUAUCUUUUGUAUUCUUUUGUUAAGCCAACAAACUGAGAAUUUGCCCCUGUAAGGAUCCAUGUGAUAGAUACUAGCUGCUCUUUGGCCAAAGGCCUUCAUAGCUGACUCAAUCUCCCAGUCUAUCCCCUAGUCCCACCCCAGGAUGCACAGCAAGGGAAGAAGCUAAGGUCAACGCCAACAAAUCUGAGUGAAAACUUGUUUUCCUUCUGAGAGAGCAUCUUGUCUGAAGCCUGAACUAUGUGCAGGACCAAAGCUGGCUGUGAGAAAAGCAGCCACAAACCAGGGCGCCCUAUUACCAGAGGGGAGUGCUCUUGUGACCGUGUCUUCAAGGGCUUGGGCUUACCUACCUGCUUGUAGGCCAGCCUGACUUCUGAUGCUCACACUAGCACACAAAGCUGAUGAUGCCCACUCGCCCUGCACUCCUGUGGCUCUGACGUUAAGGUUUCUGUUUAGAGAAAAGAACUGUGUAGCGUGUGCAGGGAGCUGUGAAGGAGGACUGAGACUACCUGGAAACUGUCAGGGCUCACACCAUGAACUCUCAGAAGCUGGGCAAGGGUGCUGGCUUUGUUAGCCGGCUUUUUUGGGAAAUGUUUUUUUUGACCUGUUAUAUAAAUGAAGUGGGUAUGAGGUCUCAGCUACCCAGCAGAUGGAGCAUCGCCUAGGGACAGCUUGGGGUUUCCAGGUAAGAACCCUAGAAAGGUGGACUUAAUCCUCACAGGUUUUGUUUUCCAAAUUCAUUUGCUUUUAUUUUUCUAAGAACUGUAAACUCUAUUUUUUCAUGUUCUCAGGGCCCCUGGGUAGACAAACAAAGCUUGAUUUCAGAGCAGAAAUAGGCCAAGAAACCAUGGCGUUGCGUGUGCUGAGUCCAGACAAAUGAUAUUUAUAUACACGUCCAAAUUUGAAGAGAAAAUGUAUUUCUUUAGGUUUCAAACACUGUAAUAGAUACAAAGCAAAAAUAAAAACCUGUUGCAAAGUUGUAAA